AUGUUGUACCAUGGAUUUGUGGAUGAAGCUCUUUCAGUGACGAAUGCAGGAUCAUUACAUUGUCCGGAAUCACCAAGGCCUAUCAAAGCUGCGCAUUUGCCACCCAAUGGCGAUAGAGUCCCUGCAGGAUCAAAAGAGACUUCCGGGUCUCCAAGAACCUAUUCAUCCCUGCUCGAUUGGAAUGCUUUGGAGAAGAUGGAAGGCGAUUUGUCCAACCAGGCCGACAAGAAAGAGAAGGAGCAUGUGGAAUCUCCGAACGACGAGGUUCAUGUUUCUACCGAUGGAUAUCCCACCGAGCCUGCUGACGAAUCUGUGGCCAGCGCUGGCCACAAGCCCAGUGGUCUCAAUGGGAUGAAGGCACCGCUGACCUUGGCAGGGCCCAGCCCUGGAGAGCCCACCAAGGAGGAAACCGAGACAACAGUAGCUUUGCAAGUUCGUCAUGGUACACAGCAAGGUGAGGUGACCCUACGUGUGCCCGCCUCAAGUACCAUGCUCCAGAUAAAGGAGGCAUUGAUUCGUUGUACUGGACGGCGUGCUGAAGCAAUUCACCGCAUGCAGCUGGUGGAAAAGACAGGAAAUACCUUCAAGCAGUUCGAGGAUUCAAUGAUCUUGGGUGAGCGCCGAGAGAUCUUGGUCCUUGGACUGGCUUUAGCUGCUCACAACAGCCCGUCCGCAAUGGCCUACGCUUCAGUGGACAUCUCUGUUUCAAAUCCAUUGUCCAGUGAUGCCGUCACAGUGAGGCUGCCAGAAAUUUCAACCAUCAAAGAUGUGCGAGCAGCGCUCAGACAAAGAUCUGUGCCACAGGAGUUUCAAUUCCUGCUCGAUGCUGGCGCCCCAUUGUAUGUUUACGCUCAUCCUUUGGGUGAGCCAUUGAACGAGAGUGAGCCCGAGGUUAUGGCUGGUAUCCUGUACCCAGUGUUGGUCUUGGGCGGCCUCUAUGCCAAUUAUUUCUCCACCAAGGAACUGGAUGACAUCUCGACCUUGGAGAAAACGAGGCGGCCCUUGAGCGACUUUUGGAGCGGCAUUUGUGUGGGUGUCAUCAUAGGAGUGUGGGCUGGCAUCAACUACGGCCCAUCUUUGAAGUAUGCCUGGGAAACGCUCGACUGGGAAGCAGUAAAGGGCAAGGACUGACAUGAAGAAAUGAAGCGCUUUU